AUGCGGCGGGCCACUAAUUGCCCACCCCCUCUGUGCGAUGGCAAUUCAGCGCGCUCAUCCCCGUUGUCCUCGCCUCCACUGACCCAAUCCGCCACCAGAGAAGCUUCAGCCUCGCAAGAGGGAAAGCAAUUUCGACCAACCAGAGAACUUCCAUUUGAAGUCGCCCAGCAUGUUCAGACGUAUCUCGAAGAAGGACUCUUUACCCAAGCAUUCGAUACGUUACUCUCAGUCACGGGCAAUAACGCAUUCUCCGUUAGUGCUUCGGCGCCCGUGACAAUCCCGCCCGUCUCGCACCUCGCGUUGGCGGCCACGCUUACAGUCCAUCCAAGCACGACAACAAGGACAAACGAUCGGGAAAAGUGGAACCAAGCAAACGCUGCUCUACGAUUGCUCAAACUAAUUCACUCCCUUGUCGGGCCCGUUAAUGCCAACUUCGCCGCGGCAUUCACCUUUCACAAAUUUGACCUUCGGUUUUCGCGACGGACUGAUAAUCGAGCGAGCGACGAUGACGAGGAAGGUGAAAGUGAGGAUGCUUUUCGUGAUGACAAUCUAAACACGACUUAUGCCCGCUCGCACAGCCUCUGGACCCGGGCCGAGGAUUUCUGGCGACUGGUAGGCUGGGCAUUCAAUUGUGCGUGUUUACCAGGGAUGUAUGGCUCACGAUGGACUCACUACCGUCUUCUACUUGAGUUUCUGGUCAGCAUGAUUGAGACGGACUGGCGUAUCCGGACUAUCGGAGAGAAUCCCUCGCCGGAUGAGUCCUUGCUAUGGCAGUACAUUGAACUGGCGUCAAGCGGACACGCACGGCAGAGAAGAAUCAUCCGCGCAAUAUUCGCCGACGGAAGUGCACGCUCACUCGCCGAGUUCCGAGAGAUAUUCGCCCACGAGCUGAAAGAGCCAAAGCAGGAAGACGGCACGGCCAAGAAGCUUGAAAAGCAGGAACAUGUCAAUAUCGAUCAAGAUUUCUACGGCGACUACCUUGGUCAAGAGGAUGAUGAUGUCUCCGACGGGGCUGCAAAUGAUGGUGAUGCUAUAAGCGUGGGGGGCGGACGACGUUCGAAGCGGCUAAGGACAGGAACAAGACCGAGGACACCUUCAGCAAAGAGACUAACGCCACGAAGCAGCAACGGCAGCCUGAGAAGUUCCUACACCGAUGCCGAAGGAGAUACAUCUACUCCCUCAGCACCAACUCUUGGUGACUCAUCCUCCAUUUCCCUCCGUCUCCGCCUGUUGCGUCUCCUGACGUGGGUUUCCGCGCACGAUACGCUAACAUCCACAUCCCCGACCACUUUCCCGGACCUGGAAGAACUAUUUAUCCUCUUCGUGGAAUUCAUACGGCCUUUGUCCUUGCCAGUCUUCGCCCAAAUAGUCCUCCCCUCCCCGUCGAAUCCCUUCGAUGCCACGACGUUGACGAGCUUGUGCGAGUCCAUCCUCCAGCGCAUGUUGGAACAUUCCGCCCCGAGCAGACGGAGCAUGGUGCUCCUCUCCCAAAGCAAACUCGAGGAAGAGUAUCUCCGCUUUGCGGCGAGCAAGAACAGCGCCGACGCGAACGCACGGGUUUCCAUCUUGCUGGAGUCACUGGCUCGCACGCUCGCAGGUGUGGGUGCGUUGAAGAAGACCCCUCUCUUAUUGGCCGUUGUGGCCGAGGGAGUAGAGCGGAGGGUGAAUAACGUUGCUGUUCGAGUGGGAAAGAAAGGGGUCAAGACGGAGAAGGGGAAGAGACAAAGCGAAGAGGCUUUGGCAUGGGAGUGGCUUGUAGAGAGUGGUGAGAGGAUAUCGAAGAUCGUGGACGGCUUGGAUGGGCAGGCAGACACGAGGAGGGUCAAGGGCGCUGUCUCUAAAACAGCAGAGGCAUUAGAUGAACAUGAACACACGAUACACGUCAGUCGGUAA